AUGGGAAGAAAGGGCGAGGAGGGGGAGAUGGAGAGCGGAGGGCACGAAAGCCCUCUCCUUAUAUCUCCAUGCGACGGCCGCCAUGCCGAUCCUCCUGCCGCCGCCCCGUCGCUCCUCACCCCGACCGUGCCGCAUUUCGCCCGCCUCCUCCUCACACAAGCGCCGGCAAUCCCGCCGCUCCUCACCGCCGUCCUGCCCGCCUCGCCGUCCCUCCUAACGCCGCACCUCCUGCUCUCCCACUCCCCGCCCCUCCCGGCGCUCUCCCUCUUCCGCCGCUUGCUCGCGCUCCCCCAUUUCCCCGUCCCCGAGAGCUCUCUCCCCGUCCUGCUCCGCCUCCUCGCGCACCUCUCCUUCCAGCCGCUCGACUCGCUCCCGCCCGCCCACCCCCCGUCUGGGCGCGAGCUGAACGCGCUGCUCCGCGUCUUCUGCGCCCGUGGCCGCGUCGCCGAGGCGCGCGCUCUGUUCCACCGGUACUGCGACGCCUACCCGCCCGACACCCGCACAUUCAACACGCUGCUGCUCGGGUUCAAGGAGGCCGGCCACGCCCAGGCGCUGGACCUGUUCUACCAUGACGCCGUGCUGCGCGGAUUCGUCCCGGACGCUGUGUCUUACUGCGUGAGGAUGGACGCUCUCUGCAAGAAAGGGAGGUUUUUGGACGCCCUGGAGAUGCUCGACGAAAUGCGCAGGAGGGAGAACUGCGAGCCCACGCUGCAAGUUUUCACCACCCUGAUAUACGGAGCUGGGAUCGCGAGGGACGCUGCUCGUGCACGUCGCUUGUUUGAUGAAAUGGAGCAGUGCGCAGUGACUCCAGACCGUGGAGCUCACGAUGCGCUCAUGGGGGCCUAUGUGAGGGCUAGGGUUGGUGACUUGGAGGGGAUCUGGAAGAUAUAUAGCAAGAUGAUCUGCUCAGGGUUCAUGCCAAGGACCAGGACGACAAUGUUGCUCAUGAAGGUUUUCUGCGAGAAUGGGAGACCGGAUCUUGGGUUGGAGCUGUGGGAUUAUAUGAUCGGGAAAGGAUGUGUACCUCAUCGGCAUGCCUUGGAUGUUCUAGUUUAA